CCCACUUCUUAAAAAAUGCUCAAAAUUGUAUGCUUUAUAGCCGCUUUGUUUACCGCUGCCCAAAGUUUUUAUAAUAAAAUGGAAUGUUCGAAUUGUACACAUAUAAACGAGGAGUGUGAUAUCAAGACAACUGGAUGGAGUUGUGAAUUUGAAAUCGAUGCCCAGAAGUUGGAUUUUAAUUUAAAUUCGACCGAAAUACCACCAUUUUUACUGUCUUGCGUGCCUCCUGGAAUGGGUUUUAUAGAAAAGAAGUCACUUAUCGGAUAUUGCUGUUUUUGGUCACCAGAGAUGGGAUGUCAGAAACUAAAGAGAAAAGAUACAGAGUUAGAGAGUAAGGAGAAAUGUCACAGUUGCUCCCGGGCAAUUUGGUCGUCGAUUAUGGAAAAUAAAACUUGUCCAUGUGGAAGCUGGUUUCUAGACACUGAAGACAGCGCAAUUAAACUAAAGGUUCGGGAUUUCAUAUUAAUAUGGGUGUCAUUCUGUACAAUAAUAUUUUUUUAAAUAUAAAUAAAGAAAAAUAUAAAUU